UCCCCGAGUCCCCUCCCAGAACAAGCUCCAUUCGCCCAACCAACGGAAAGGUCUUCGCAUUCACACACAAAACUAAACCAAAGCCAAGCAAUCUCCUCUUCCUCAUCCUUCAAUUCUCCUUGCCAAGCAUCCGCGGUCUCAUCUGCUUCUUCCUCUUCGUCGGCGCGAUCCCUUCGGUUUCGUCCUACUCCGAGCGCGUAGCAGAUCCAUCGAUGGCGCUGACGCUGAGGUCCUCGACGUCUUUUCUCUCGCCGCUCGAACCCUCCUCCAAGCUCCACAAGGCCGAGGACGCGCCGCCCAGCUGCGUCGCGGUCCCCGCCGCGCCGUCCAGGCUGCGGGUCCUCAGGGCGGCUGCGCAGGCCCCUCUGUCGCCCAUGGAGGCUCCGGCGCCCGAGCUGCUGCACGGCCAGGCCCAACAGGCCCACUCCGGUGGCCAGAAGCGCGGCGGGGUUCCCGUGUACGUGAUGCUGCCGCUGGACACGGUGGGGCCCGGCGGGCAGCUGCUGCGGGCGCGCGCCCUGGCGGCGAGUCUGAUGGCGCUGCGGAGCGCCGGGGUGGAGGGGGUCAUGGUGGACGUCUGGUGGGGCGUCGUGGAGAGGGAGGGCCCCGGCCGGUACGACUGGGAGGGGUACGCCGAGCUCGUGCGCAUGGUGGAGCGCGCCGGCCUCCGCCUCCAGAUGGUCAUGUCCUUCCACCAGUGCGGCGGCAACGUCGGAGACUCCUGCAAUAUCCCGUUGCCUUCAUGGGUACUGGAGGAGGUGAGCGCCAACCCGGACAUCGUGUACACGGACAGGUCCGGGCGGCGGAACCCGGAGUACAUCUCCCUCGGCUGCGACACGCUGCCGGUGCUCAAGGGCCGGACCCCGGUCCAGGUCUACUCCGACUUCAUGCGCAGCUUCCGCGACAGGUUCAGCGGCUACCUCGGCACCGUCAUCGCCGAGAUCCAGGUCGGCCUGGGUCCUUGCGGGGAGCUCAGGUAUCCUUCCUACCCGGAGGCCAAUGGCACCUGGAGUUUCCCGGGCAUCGGCGAGUUCCAGUGCUACGACAAGUACAUGCGGGCGUCGCUGCAAGCGGCGGCGGCUGCUGCGGGGCACGAGAACUGGGGGACGAACGGGCCGCACGACGCCGGCGAGUACAAGCAGUUCCCUGAGGAGACGGGCUUCUUCCGUUGGGACGGCACGUGGAGCACCGAGUACGGCAGCUUCUUCCUCGAGUGGUACUCCGGGAUGCUCCUGGAGCACGGCGACCGCGUCCUGGCCGCGGCCGAGGCCGUCUUCGGCGGCACGGGCGCCAUGCUCUCCGCCAAGGUCGCCGGCAUCCACUGGCACUACCGAACCCGCUCCCACGCCGCCGAGCUCACGGCGGGGUACUACAACACCCGGAACCACGACGGGUACGCGCCGAUCGCCGGGAUGCUUGCCAAGCGCGGCGUCGUGCUCAACUUCACGUGCAUGGAGAUGAAGGACGAGCAGCAGCCGGGGCACGCCGGGUGCUCGCCGGAGCAACUGGUGCGGCAGGUCAGGGCGGCCGCGCGGGCGGCCAACGUGGAGCUCGCCGGCGAGAACGCGCUGGAGCGGUACGACGAGUCCGCGUUCGCGCAGGUCGCCGCCACGGCCGCGGCCGGCGACGCCGGCGCCGGGCUGAGCGCGUUCACGUACCUGCGCAUGAACAGGAACCUGUUCGACGGUGACAACUGGCGCCGGUUCGUGGCGUUCGUGAAGACCAUGGCGGACGGCGGCGGCGCGAGGACGGGGCUGCCGAGUUGCGACACGGGGCACUCGGACCUGUACGUCGGGUUCCUCGAGGCCGCCAACGAGAGGAGAGCGCCGGAGGCAGAGGCCGCCGCCGCCGCAUUGUAGGGAAUAGAUGCCAUGUGUAUAAGUACUGUGUGUGUGGUACGGCGAUUUGGGAAGGGAACUGUAUAAAUGAUGAUCAGGGGAGAGCAGGUUACAGAAUUUUAUAGCUGUAAUCGAGCUUUGGCGCCUCUGUUUUCUUCACUUGAAUUUAUCUAUUUGAGAAUUGAGACAUCUUUGUCGGAUGGAAAUUUCGUAA